AGUCCUGGUUUAGACCUGGUUUAGUCCUGCUUCAGUCCUGGUUUAGACCUGGUUUAGUCCUGGUUUAGUCCUGGUUUUAUUGUUGUUGUUGAGGCGUCUGUGUAAAUUCUUAAAGCUUCACUCUGUAAUUUUCCUCUGGAGGUUCUGUCCUGUUCGUCUCCAUGGAGAUGCUCUGAUGUUUGUGUUUCUGUGGCUGAGUCCAGUCGAGUCGUGCUGAGUCCAGUGGUGUCCAGUCGAGUCGCGCUGAGUCCAGUCGUGUCCAGUCGAGUCGUGCUGAGUCCAGUCGUGUCCAGUCAAGUCGUGCUGAGUCGAGUCGAUGGCGCUCAGGGCCUGUGGCUUCAUCAUCUUCAGGCGACUUCCUCCUGAAAACAUCGAGUUUCUGCUUCUGCAAACGUCGUACGGAGAACAUCACUGGACCCCACCUAAAGGACACGUGGACCCGGGGGAGGACGACCUGACGACGGCGCUGAGGGAGACGCAGGAGGAGGCGGGUCUGGGUCUGGACCAUCUGUCCGUGGUCCGGGAUUUCGUCCGGACUCUUCGGUACCAGGUCCGCGGGAAGAACAAGGAGGUUCUGUACUGGCUGGCGGAGCUGCGCGACCCGAACACGCCCGUCACCCUCUCCUCCGAACACAGGGACUUCUGCUGGGCCGGGCUGGACCGGGCCUGUGCCCUCGCCCGAUACCAGGACCUCCAGGACUCACUGCGGGCGGCGCACCAGCACCUGACCCACCAGAACCUCCAGAACCAGACCGACUGAGACCCACCAGAACCUCCAGAACCAGACCGACUGAGACCCACCAGAACCUCCAGAACCAGACCGACUGAGACCCACCAGACCCACCAGAACCAGACCGACUGAGACCCACCAGAACCUCCAGAACCAGACCGACUGAGACCCACCAGAAC